AGAUAGGGUUUGGCCACACUUACUCAAAGUGUGAGUACGCUACUCAGCCAUGGUCGAUCUGCUCUGAUGUUGCGAUGAUCAUUUCGUGAUUUAGUUUGCAAAGACCGUUCGAUCGAUAAAAUCAUCCUUUCCUGACCUACCCUUUUUUUGGAUUCCUUAUUUUUAGACAAUACACUGAUGCACUUUCUCAAUGUGGUUCAAUCAUACUGGAGAAAUCCAGACUUGUCGAAUAUUGCGUUGUUUGGCAAAGACAUUCGGGCGCUGCUCGCAAUAUCUUCGCAAAAGAUUUUCUUUGAAGACGAUCACUGUGGUUUCUAUCAUUACGGGCCACUAGAGAUACCGUCACGCGGGAGUUAUUACAGCUCGAGGUCUUCGCUACACCUUGCUGUGGCAACUCCGGCUCGACAUGCAGCGGCAGGCGUGAGCAGAGAGAGAAGGAACGACGUGAACCACCUCGUCAUCACAGACCGUGUGUACGAAUUCAAUCAUUUGAAGAAAAUUCUUCAGAAAACCUUUGAUAGCGCCGAAGGGAAUCAGUUCAAAUCAGAUAACGAAGUCAUCAGUUUGUGUCUGUUAUCGCUGAUGCUAGAUUUCGGGCUCUUUGAAAAACACGUCGGACUUCUCAACCUACCAUUUCUACAAGAUCUACAGCACAGGUCUGAUACUCGUGAGCUCCAGGUUGAGGUGGCCAACAAAAUCUAUGAAUUUGACAGAAAAAAUACUUCCAGUGUAGUGACAAGAAGCAAAGUUGAAGAACUCAUAUUCGAAACCUCUUACAAAUUCUUGGGUAAGUGUAUUUUUGUGGAAACCUUCAGUGGACAUUAGAAUAUUCGACCGUCAUUUCAUUAACGGGUGCUCCGCAAACUAGAAAUUUCGCAAAAACCCAAAUCCUGGGGUCGGACAAAUUGUCUAUUUCAACCUGGUCUCACCCACUCAAUUUAUAUUUCGCCUGGAUCAAAACAUGCAUUUCAGUCAACAAAGACUUCAAUGUCCAAUCGAACCAAUUUAAGCUUAUUCGCGAGUUGAACUCAGAUCCAGACUACCAGAGUUAUGUCCUUCUUGUAAAGAUAUACAUGUCUUUGUGUCAAAUUAACAAGUCGGUUGAAGUUGACUACUAUAAAGUUCGCUGCAACGACGAAUAUCGAAUCAUUAUUCCCAAUAACUUCAGCAAAGAGACUGGGGAAUACUUAGAGGAGACGACGAAACAUUACACAUUCUCAGAGCGUGAUGGGAUCAUGACGUAUGACGACGCUCCCGUUUUCGACUUACGUCCUCACCAACCCGAGAUAAAUCUGUAUAGAGUGCGUCUCGAUCCUUCCACUAAGAAACAGGUGAGUAGAUGGCGAUUUGUGUCUGAGGUUCAUGAUCAAAUCAUCAGAGACUAACUCAUCUUGUGCAAUGAUCCAUUUCUAUCCCCAACCGAAGUCGAUGGUCAAGUACAUCGAGGCAACGAAUGUUUUUCGAAUCAUCAACGACUCCAAGGAGCAAUACCUUAUCUUCAUUGCGAAUAAUACUUUGGCAGUUGAUGUUGUUGAUCAUACGAGAAUGAAGAUUUGUGUCAACAGUAUUCCAGUAGAAGUGGCAACCGUUUUCUUCAACGAUGCUAUUUCAUUCGUUCCGUGCUUUCAGUACACCGAUAGUGAGGAUGUUGUUUUAUUCACUUCUCGUAACCUGAAAUUCCAUGUUGACUCCGCAGGUCAAUAUUGUACAGGUACGCCGAUACUCUCUUUUAUUUCACGUGAAGCUACUUUAUAGACCGUUAUAUGGUUGAAACUAACUGGAGUCUUUGUCUGUGAAAGAUUAUUAUGGUAUGCGACACGAGUUAAUAGAAAACAUUAGCUCCGAAGAAAUUGUCCAAGACCUCAACGACGAAACUGGCUUCAAACUCUUUAAGUUAUCUGAGCUACUGACAGAGUCGAAGACGGUUUUCUAUUUUCCUGACUAUCUGCUACAGGUAAAUUCAUAGUUUUGCUAUUCGACGAGCGAUGAUUAUAUGGUCUUUUAUGAACUUUACUUUCACAACACUCACAAAAUUUCUCUCCUUAGAUUCCGGACCGCUCUCAGCUUAUCAAUCUGCUGGAUUUAGCGUUGAAGUUGAGGAAUAUUUCAUUUUUUAUACUUCUCCUUGUAUAUCUGAGACGCUCUUCUAUCAGACUUGAGUUCCGUGAGAGCGAAGGCAAUACUAAGUUCAUUUCAGGUCCAUGGAAAGAAGCUAUAUUGUAUGUCCUGGGCAGGUCUGCAAAUUCGCAUUAUGAUUAUAUUCUAUCACCCCAGUUCUUCAAUCUCAAUCAAUUUAGAGAUCUCCCCCUCGACAAUUUCAUUGAGGCACUUUGCGAAAACUUCACCAAAUAUCAAAGAUUUGUUGAUGGUGAAUGCCAGAUCGUACCUAGGCCAAAACAAAAAUCAUUUCUGAAGAAGAUUAUUUGUGCAGAGGAAUGUUUCCACUUCAGUGAAGUUGGAUCUGGGAAAACUAAGGUCAUCCUUCCUCUGUUCUGUCAAGCUUUCUUAUCCAAUAAUAAAGAGGUUCAUCAAAAUCUCUGUCGUGGCGGCAAAAGGAAGGAUGUUCUCGUGGUAUUAGUUCCUGAACAUCUUGUGUCUGAUGCACGUAACCAAGUUUUCCGGUAUUGUCUAAACCUCAAUUUCAAGGAGGAAUAUCGUGUUUACGACGAUAUUUUCGCUCUCAUGAAUGAUAGCGUACAGCUGGGAUCUGAAAAUAAAAGCAAUCACAAUCGAAUCAACAAACAUAUCUUUGUUACUUCUUUCAAUCAAUUUAAGAAGGUAUUUACGUAUGACAAGAUCUGUCGUAAGGUCAUGCCUCACCGCGAUCAUUUUUUGGUCCUUGCCGAUGAGGUAGAUGAUUUUCUUGGUAUGUUAAGUAUUGAUAUCAAAUCAUUUGAUUUGGCUUUAUUGGUGACAUUAUCUCUUUUAUCUCACAACAACUACCCUUCACUUUUCCUUGCUCUUGUGUUAAUGAACGGUAAUAUCUACUUUGAAGACCGCAACAAACUUGUUUUCAAUAUUUGUUCGAAUAAAAACAAUUCAUUUGA